GACACACAGGCUUACAUAUACAGGUUUUUUGGGAGAGGUGCGGGGGGCUGCAACACUGCGGGCCCCGGGGAGUUGUUGUGCGUGGGUUAAGUGCCUUGCUCAAGGGCACAACGACAGGUAAUGGCAUCUAGGAUCUAAUACCAGCAACCCUCCAGUUGCCAGCUCACUUCCCACCAGAUCUUUCCCAUCAGACCUGGGAUUCAAACUGGAAACCCUCCGGUUCCUGGCUCGCCUCUCUAACCUCUAGGCUUCUGCCGAGAGUAGAAAAUCUUAACUCUGAGUUUUUUUUUUUUGGUUGCUCGAACUAAUUUGUGAAUAUGCAUAAUGUCACACCUGACAUUGAAAAAGAAGAAAAACCCUGCGACGAACCAGAAGUGCAUGAAAAGCAGGUUCAUAACUAAAUCAAGGAGCGCUUAACAUAAUUGGCCAGUAGGGAGCGCCACGAGAAUUAGAGAAUUUAGAAGUGAUGCGGACUGCUUUCUGAAGAUAACUCAGUAGACUACUAGCCUACUACAGAUGCUGGCAAAAAACUCCGUUAAUUGCCAUUCCCUCGAUCAAUUAACUCAGAAAUCAAUGUGUUAGGUUACUGUGUAAGAAGAGAGAAAAUGUAGACUUGUCAGAAUGAACAGCAUAUAUGAUCGGAAAAGCUUCCAUGUCAUUAAUUGAAAACUAAUCGGAAUUGGACAACAAUCUAAAAUGGGUUCAUUUUAUGGCUUUGGCCAUGCUUCUUGGUUGUUUGAUAUUCAACCGCAUUUAACAUAUUUCUUUAUUUUGGUGGUAUAGCAAUUUGAUUGUCUGUCUAAAGUGCAGUUGAGCUCAAUGUGUAGCAAAAACAUAUGUGAAUCAACAUAAUUAGUUUGCUUGCACCUGUAUUGUUGACAGCUUAUUUAAUUGUAUGCAUAUUAAUGUAUUACGCACACUCGAUCAUGUGUCUCAAUCAAUUUGUUCCCCCUCUUCGCCGAAUUUCUAAAGAUUUUGCCUGUGCGUUUCCGGAACUCUCGAAUUGGUUUUUGUAUUCCUGGACGGGACCGACAACAUCGUUGCGCCUCAAGAAACUGAUGAAAGAAAUCUCAACCUGUAUGUAACAGAAAAUGUAUUGACAAUUGAAUGCAAAUUAAUUGACCAUUGAAUGCAAAUUAUUCAAUAAAUUUCACGCAGCGAAUGCGAAAGGUGGCCUGUGUGUGUGUGAGGAUGCCUAGGUAAUGCCUCUGGGUGACAGAGGGACACCAUGUCUGACAAGGGGACCUCAGGGAGAGACAUGGAGCCCCACCUUCUCAACAGUGAGGAAGAGGAGGACGAGCUGGAAGAAGAGGAGGUGGAGGAAGAUGAGAACAACGGAGAUGAUGAAGAAGAUGUCCCUGACCAGCCUCAUAGCGCUCCCUUCAGCUCGGAGAAUGAAGCGCAGGGAGGGGACUCAGCGGGAUGGCAGUGCACCCCCCCAUCUACCUCAGACUCGGGGGAGACGCCGUCCCACCCCUCAACGCAGCUCCACUCUCGACCGUCCUCACGGCCUGAGAGCCAAAUCCCCUCGCGGUCCCUGAGUGGAACCAAGAAGAGGUCCCACUCCCACUCCAACAAACCCGCACACAUGAGGAGGAACAUCCGAAAGCUACUGAGGGAGCACCAGUUAGAGGUGGUGACCAAAGCUGCCAAGCAGGAGGAGCUGGAGAGGCUGCGGAGGCUGGAACAGCAGAGGAAGGAAGGGCACUUCCCUGUGCCCCUGCUACCCGAGUACACACCAGGAGAUCUGUCUCAGAGUGUGUCUGCUAGUGUGGCCAAACAGGACCAUGUGAUCUGCCUGGACACCAGUAACAGCAGCACUAACAUCAGAGAAGAUGACUCCAAAGCUCUGGUCCCAGAAGCACACGCCCCCAAAGAAGACGUGAUCGAGCUGAGCUCAGGCGAGGAGGACGCCCUCCAGAUCAGAGGCAAGUCCACCAAUGAGGAGGAGGAGGAGCGGUCGGAGGAGGCCAGCGGCGCCCACGUCAACGACGCUGUGAACCAACCGGACGCCCUGGGGCGUGUCUUGGUCAACCUGAACCACCCUGCUGAGGAGGCAGACCUGUUCCUCUCCCCUCAACUGGCCCGGGCCGUCAAACCUCACCAGAUCGGUGGGAUCCGGUUCCUGUAUGAUAACCUGGUGGAGUCUCUGGAGAGGUUUAAGCGCAGCAGUGGCUUCGGCUGUAUCCUUGCCCACAGCAUGGGCCUGGGCAAGACCCUGCAGGUCAUCUCCUUUAUAGACAUCCUGCUUAAACACACGCAGGCCCACACCGUGCUCGCCAUCGUUCCUGUCAACACGUUACAGAACUGGCUGGCUGAGUUUAACCUCUGGGUCCCUUCCUCUGAGGCAUUACCUGCGGACAUCAACCCCGCCCACUUCUCCCCGCGCAGCUUCAAGGUCCACAUCCUGAAUGACGAGCACAAAACCACUGCCACCAGAGCGAAGGUGAUCUAUGACUGGUCGCGGGAUGGCGGCGUGCUCCUGAUGGGUUAUGAGAUGUACCGCCUGCUGUCCCUGAAGAAGAGCUUUGUGGCGGGCCGGAAGAAGAAGUCCAAGAAGCCCCAAGGACCAGUGGUCAUUGACCUGGACAAAGAGGACCGGCAGCAGGAGCUCCUCAAAGACAUAGAGAAGGCCCUGUCUCUCCCCGGCCCGGACGUGGUGAUCUGUGACGAGGGCCACCGCAUUAAGAACUGCCACGCCAGCACCUCGCAGGCCCUGAAGAACAUCCGUACACGGAGACGCGUGGUCCUCACAGGAUACCCACUCCAGAACAACCUGAUAGAGUACUGGUGCAUGGUGGACUUUGUCAGGCCUGAUUUCCUGGGUACCAGGCAGGAGUUUAGUAACAUGUUUGAGAGGCCCAUUCUGAACGGGCAGUGUGUGGACAGCACGCCUCAGGACGUCCGGUUGAUGAGAUACCGAAGUCAUGUCCUUCAUAGCCUGCUGGAAGGCUUCGUCCAGAGGCGUGGCCAUGACGUGCUGAAAGACCAGCUCCCCUCCAAGGACGAGCAUGUGAUCAUGGUGCGCCUGUCGCCCCUGCAGAGGGCCCUCUACACAGAGUUCAUGAACCGCUUCAGAGAGGCAGGCAACAGCGGCUGGCUCAGCCUCAACCCACUCAAGGCCUUCUGCGUCUGCUGCAAGAUCUGGAACCACCCAGACGUGCUGUACGAGGCGCUGCAGAAGGAGAAUCUGGCCAAUGAGCAGGACCUGGACCUGGAUGACAUCACCAACGGCCACGCCCGCUACCCCGCCCCCAACCAGAAGGGCAAGACCCCGGAGGACCCCAACAGCAUCGGAGGGCUGAGUCUCAACGCUCUGCAGGAGAAGGCCAACCAGGUCAUCACCUACGAAUGGGCGAAGGAGAUCAUGUCUGACUAUAAACCCGGGCUCUUGGAGAACUCUGCUAAGAUGGUCCUGCUGUUCCACCUAAUCGACCAGAGUGUGAGGAAGGGAGACAAGAUCCUGGUCUUCAGCCAGAGUUUGUCCACCCUGUCGGUCAUUGAGGAGUUCCUGGCCAAGAGGGCCAUACCGGCGGGCAGCGCCAGAGAGGGCCACAACCAAAACUGGGUCCGCAACCACAACUACUACAGACUGGAUGGGAGCACAUCUGCUUCAGAGAGGGAGAAACUCAUCAACCAGUUCAACGACCCGUCCAACACCUCCGUCUUGAUCUUUCUGCUGUCCACCAGGGCUGGCUGUCUGGGGGUGAACCUGAUAGGGGCUAACCGCGUGGUGGUGUUCGAUGCCUCCUGGAACCCUUGUCACGACGCCCAGGCCGUAUGUCGAGUGUACCGCUACGGCCAGAAGAAACCCUGCCACAUCUACCGCCUGGUCUGUGACUUCACCCUGGAGAAGAAGAUCUACGACCGACAGAUCUCCAAGCAGGGCAUGUCCGACCGAGUGGUGGAUGACCUGAACCCGGUGCUGUCGUUCACGCGGAGGGAGGUGGAGUCUCUGCUGCACUUUGUGGAGGAGGAGCCUGACGUGUCACAGGUGCAACUACAGCCCCACCAGGAGAUGGAGACGGGCAUCAGACAGGCCUGCCAGCUCUACCCUCACCUCGUCACCAAGCAACCCUUUCACCACGAGUCUCUCCUGGUGGACCGACGGGAGAUGAAACUCACCAAAGCCGAGAAGAAGGCCGCCAAGAAGAGCUACGAGGAUGAGAAGCGUGCGUCGGUGCCCUACACACGCCCCUCUUACGCCCACUAUUACCCCGCCAGCGACCAGAGCCUUACAAACAUCCCUGCCUUCAGCCAGCGCAACUGGCGCCCACCCCCUCGGCAAGAUGAGAAGCCGGUGGCCAGCGUCCGCCCCGUUCAGUCGACUCCAAUUCCCAUGAUGCCUCGCCAGGCAUCUCACAGCUCUGCCCCCAUAGCAGACUCAGACUCCAGCUCGGGCUUUCCCGUCAACUACCUGCAGAAGGCGGGCGUCUUCGUCCAGAAGAUCGUCACCACCACAGAUAUCGUGAUACCUGAAACCAACAGUUCAACUGAUGUCAAGGCCAGGAUCAGUGCAGGAGAGAGCAUCCACAUCAUCAGAGGAACCAAAGGGACCUACAUCAGGACUUGUGAUGGGAGGAUAUUUGCCAUCCGCGCUGCAAGCAAGCCCAAGGCAGGGGAGGAGAACUCAGCCGCUGCACCCAAAGACACCCAGAAGGCAUCGGACGAGGCCUCCACCAACGGCUGUGUGACUCGCCCGCUCUCCCCCGACAGCCCUGAGAUCCUGAGUGAGCUCCAGAGGUACGCGGCUGCAACCAGAACCAAGGCCCAGCAUCAGCAGGGCUCCAAGGCUUUGUCUGCAGGUGCAGCGGCUCCACAGGAGAAGGCGCCGGCGGAGAGCACCAAUGGCAGCAGGAUGACCAGCCAUGCCAAGCCCUGGAGCGAUGCCUCCGCCACGGCCCAGCGCAGCACAGAUGCCAUUGCUGCCCUGGACCUGAGGGGCACCAAGCGCAAGGCCUCCACCCUGUCCACCGUCGAACGGGCCAAUAAAAAGCAGCCGGCCCCCAGCAAGCGCACCUCGGCCCAGGCUUUUCCCUUCACGACGGGUUAUGACCUCCCACCCAUGGGCCUCAACCAAGCCAUGCUGGGCUCCGUGGGGCACCCCAUAUUCUUGGGGGCCGGCUCGCCCUACUUCCAGCCCCACAGCCAGCGGAGUGACCACAGUCUCAUGUUCCCCAUGACUCCCGACCCCUUCGGCCUGGGGGGCGGCACCCUUUCUAGCUCCUCCUCCAGGUCUUCCUCCUCCACCACCACCUCCUCCUCCUCAGCUGCCUCUGACUCGGCCUCCCUAGCUCCCUUCAUGCUGGGUGCUGGUAUGGCUGGCAUGCUGCCCCCAGGCUUCCCCAUGUCCUACGGCCAGUCCCUGGGCAUGUACCCUAGCUUGCUGCUCCCCGGGGGGCUACCGGCGGCCACCCCAGGCCCCACUGGCUCCAGCUUCUUCUCCCACUUCCCCUCCUCCUCCGGCCUGAUGGGGGCGGGGCUGGGUCGCUCUGAUGCCCACGGCUCGGCAGAGAACGCCGGUGGUAGCAGCUCAGACAGCAACAACGAUCGAUGAUGAUGAUGAUGUUAUUGAGGUGAUGGGACAAUGAGAGCCUCCAAACGUAGGGAAGAGGCAUGUGGGUUGUAGGGGACAGUUAGUGGGUUUUCUGGGGCUAGGAGAGCUGGAGAGAAAGGGAAAGGACAACCAAUCCCCAUCCACCUCCACUAGCCCUAUUCCCCAUCCCAAGUGCAACAUGCACGCCUUUCAGAAAAGGAGAAUCUGUAUUGGGAUAUAACAGACUGGACAAAGCAACAAAUCCUUAUGCUGAAUAUCUUAUUUAAAAAGAGGAAAAAAAGAAAAAACUGAGUGUAUAUGAUAAAGAAAACGAACUUGGGGCUUCCAAAAUGUUGUCCUAUACUGGCUUUUACAAAUCACUGAAGCGAGCAACUGCUGGGUUUGGAACUGCAAAGACCCUGAUUCGCCACUGGGAUGUGCUGUUUUGUCUUCUAUUUAAAAAAAAUCAUUUUUCCAACAGUUGAUGACAGACUAGGUUAAUAACUAACUGACAAUAGACUAGAGUUAAUAAGUCAAUUUCAUAUACAUAGUUGGUAGUAAUUAUUGUAUGGCGCAACAUAUCAGUUACAUAAUAUUGUUCUUGAUUGUCAUUAUUUGCUACUGAAUAUUAUUUUACAUAGUAGUCGUGCUCUAAACAUGUCACAACUGUUUUCAAAAUCGAUUUGAUUUGCCCUUGAAUUUACUGCCAGCCAGGAGUGCUGUGUUUCGUUUUUUGAGAAAUGUUAUCAUAAUCAGAAAAUGGACUACUUGAGACUGAAUUCAAAGAAACAGUUAGGCUCUUUGUCGGGUGAAAAACGAAAAGUCAAAAACCUUAAACUCAAAGAAUGUACGCUUAUUUACGCCUUUAACGCAGACCUUGGGGACAGGCAUCACACUUGGGAAGAUCUGAUUUCCAUUUUUGAUAUCUUCUACAUUUUUCAAAUUGAUUGCCUGUCUAUAGGUGACGAUGUGAAAAUGAUGUUCUUGCUAAGCUCCAACUGUCCAAAGGGAGCUGAAUUGAAAAUGCCUUGCCUCUGUCUCUCUGAAUGUUACCUAGUGGGUGUAGAGAAACAGCGAGACGGGCAAUCCUAGGACCUGGAUCUCACCCAUAGUCUUACUGUAGCUUUGCUAAGUGAUGCAAAUAUAACCCAUGACCCCUCUGGUGGUCAGGUGGGUCACCUGUCUACUUCCCUUUCUGUGUUGUGUACCCAUGGGUUCUAGAGUAGAGAACUUCUGUCAUAAUGACUCACUCUGCCUUGUGGAUAGCAUGAACACUUGUUUUCUGUUCCCUUUUCUCAUCUCUGGCAUAUGUGAUUUCAACGGAAAAACAAACAAAAGGUCAUUGUCAAACCAAAAUAAUUUGAGGGAAGUCAAUAAUAGCUGUGCCAAAAAAAAGUACAACUUAAAGUACUCUCCAGAGAGGAUCAUUCUCUAAUGCGACCAAACAUCACCGUCAACUGCUAUUGGCCUAGAGAAGAGGGUGUCUUUCCCUAAUUUGGUCACAGUUUGUCAUUAUAGACUUAGUGAGCUCAUUGUAAAGAUGAUACUGGCUUAAGACUUCACUGAAUAACAAAGGUUAUAGUAUUCAAAGUACCGGUACAUUGAUUUACUGAGGGGGGAGUCAGGUAUGUGACCUGGUUCCUGUUUAAUAAACAACAUAACUUUUAAUUUCUGUUACUGCUGACUGUGUUACUGCCCCCCUCAUUACAUACGUAGGCUGCCUACUGUCUCAUGCCGCGUUCACGUGCUAGUCGGAACUAGGAAGCUCAGAAAUGUCCAACUUGCUAACUGGUUGAACGGUGUAUAACUACAACCAAUUAGCAAGUUGGAAAUGUCUGACUUUCUUAGUUCCGACUAGCAUGUGAACGCGGCAACUACCCAACACUUUGGGAAGAGGGAAGCCCAGCCCACCUCCUCCACCAAGUCCCCAGCCUUGAGUCUCUUCAGCAAGAGCUUUAAACUCCAGUUCUUGCAUUUUAUUAUGAGACCCUUACAUCAUCAGACUUGUUCAUCUUUUCAUACCAUACUUAAGUUGUUAGUUGACCUGUUAUUUUAUUUUGUCAAUGUUUGAAUUUACCACUUUUAUUUAUAACAGUACAUAUUUAUUCAUUUGUAUUUUUUAUUUUUGUACUUUUUUGUUCUGUUUUUGUAAGGGGGAUUUUUAUGUUUGUUUACUAGAACACGGCGAUUCUUGUGUUACAUGACUUGAGAAAUUUGAUAUUAAUAGACAUGUGUGAAUUUCAGGACCAACCAGUCAAGGUGGUGAAACCACUCAUUAGCUGAGAGAAAAUGUCAUCCAGUGCUUUUGUUUUUGUUUAUGUUCAUAUCAUCUAGAUGUUCAUGUGAAUCUAUCUAUCCUAAUGGCAAAUUAAAGGUAGUUCCCUCAGUAGUCAUUAGUCUUCGGUUGUUGUACCAACUGCUUUUUUCCCAUAGAUUUCUACUUGAAUUUAAGUAUUUAUUUAUAAGUCAAUUCAGUCGGCAACCAACUGACUGUCUUAAUUCCAUUUAGUAAACUCAAGCUGAUGUCUUGAGGAGAAUGGCUAGAAAAGCCUGUAUGUAGUUAGUGAAUGGACAUGUAACAAUGGAUGGCUUUUAGAUAUAUUUUUUGAAGUUUCUAAAUAAAAUAAACAAAUCAUGUUUUGAA